AUGACGGGCAAUGCAUUUGCCGUCGUCUACGUGGACCGCAAGACGCCCGUGACGGGCUUCCUGGACAAGAAUCUCGAUGGAUUGAAACAAGAGAAUGACUCCAAUGAAGCCCAGCACAACAUCCGCACCAUCAUGGCUGCCUUUGGACAAGCCCAUAUCUGCGCCGAUGGCGUGUCCUGCUUGACCACCCUUGCACAACUCGACGAACCGCGCAAUCCCAACCCGAUAGUCGUGCUUCUCGAUAUGCCCCACGACGACGAACCUGCUAUCCGUAGGACUUCAUGGGACUCUAANCCCCCUUCACCAUUGGUAGGGAAGCGACCCAAAGUAGAGCGAAACGAACCGAGCGAUGUAUACGGCGUACACUUGCUGUCAUAUCUGUCUUCGGAGAUCCAACAGCGCGUUCGCUCAAGGCUGGUCAUCCCGAUCGCUGUUCUUGCUGGCAAGACCGACCUGCUGGCUGAACCAACUCGAAUGUCCCGCUUUCUGGAUGCUGGUGCCAUUGAUGUGCUGCCGAGUCCUCUCGGAGUCGACCGAGUCCAGGGCUUAGCCGUGCACGCAUACCGUACAUACAAGGAGAUUGCGCGUGAGGAGGCGAGCUUCGUGCUUCAAAAAAGGAACAGGAAGCUUUCAUGGGUUGGAAUCGACGAAGAACGCCCGUAUGCCUACCUACGAGAGGUCAUGGUCUCCGGCCUGAUGAAUGGCAUCUGUAAUCCUGACUCGGUUGGAGAGUGUAUCGAUCCAAGCGAACUCAAGAUUGACAGCGACAGAACAGCUCUCGUGGAGCAGGCAGUAGGUACUUGGGCGUUUUCUGCUCAUGACUUCGAUUCGGACGAGCUUCUGUACGCUGCCUUGACCAUGCUGCAGCAUGCCUUGCAAAUGCCCGAACUAGAAAAGUGGCGCAUAUCCACAGGUAUGCUUGCAGCCGUCUUCUACUUCCUCCUACAAAUCGGCAUUCUGCCUCCUUAUCCUGGCUCACAAGGGCAGGCUCCGAGGACAGAUCUUGCGCCGGUGGCGUCUUUGCUACAGCCGUUUGAUGCAUUGACUCUGCUCAUAUCCGCCAUCGGCCACGACGUCGGUCAUCCAGGUGUGAACAACGCUUUUCUGGUCGCAUUGAAUGCGCCACUCGCUCAGCUCUACAACGAUCGCUCAGUCUUGGAGGCAUUCCAUUGCGCAGCCUACUCGCAGAUUCUCCGCAGAUACUGGCCACAAGCUUUUGCUGACAUUCCCAUGCGCAAACUGAUGAUCAACUCAAUCCUGGCUACGGACAUGGGUCUCCACUUCAAGUACAUGAUUGACAUGGGCAACCUGCAAGAAAAGCUUACCUCAAAUGACGACAGCAUAGAGGGCUGGACACCAAAGGCUCUCGAAGAGACUAGAGAUCUCGUCUGUGGGCUAUUGAUGAAAUGCGCCGAUAUAAGCAAUGUGGCACGUAAAUACGAUGUUGCAGCACGAUGGGCUGUGAUCCUCACAGACGAGUUCUCCAACCAAGGUGCCAUGGAGAAGGAGCUUAACCUGCCAACCUGCUUGUUCGGUGGUCCCCCUGAUCGCGAGGACUUGGUCAAACUGGCAGAGUCUCAAAUUGGGUUCAUGAGCAUUUUCGCCGGUCCUCUUUUCGAGGGAAUUACAGCAAUUCUACCAGCCAUGGGAUUUUCCACUGUUGAGAUUGAGUCCAACAGAACCGUCUGGGAGGAAAAGAUUCACGUCGAGAAACUGAGAAGAGGAACCAUUCUGGCGAGUCCGACUGCUCAGCCUUCGCCACUUCCUCGAACUCCUCUCUCCGUACCCGAGGAGGAAUUUGAAGACAGCAAGGAAGACGACAUUCCGCCUGAACGAGAUUCUCUCUUUGGUCCAUCUCGUACGUCACAGACACAAAAUGAAGCACAAGCAACGAAGCCUGACAACGUUCGGGCGAACCCAGAACCAGUAUCGCCCACAUCGCCCGUAAGAGUUCGUCCAACCUCCGCGUCACCUCUCAAAAGCAACAAAAAGAAGACGAGCACUUCGAGUUUCCACGCGCCAUAUUCUGUCCCAUUCCACCAGCACACAAACUCACGUCGCUCUUCAAAGGAUGCCGCCCUCGAACAACUGGAACAGUUGCAACUAGGUCAGCUCAGCAGCUUCUCUCGUAUCGAAAACCAGAACCAUGAUGGCGGUCGACGCGGCAGCGGCGACGCCUCNCUGACCACGAUUCUCGUCCGCAGCCAAACUGGGCAGAGUAGGCAAGAACCGGACUCUCCAACAAAGCCGCCACCAUCGCCUCUCAGGCAGACCACAAGACCAUUCCCACCACCUGCUCAGCCUGGUGUUCCUUCUUCGUUGCCUUCGUCUCGCAGCCAUGCUACUAGUAACGCAACGGCAACAACCACGACUUGCGCACAUUCACCGGGCUCCACGCGGCCCUCUUCAGUAGAAGAAAUGGAUGGUGGAACUCCCAAAGGAAUAGAGCCACCUCCAGUUCUAUCAACAGAGAAUCCGUUCUUGCACCCCAACUCGAGCCCAGAUUUGCAUGGCAGAGAACGUAUUUCACAUUCAGCACCGGAUAUCAGGAGUAUCCCGGAGGUGCGUACGGGAAAAGUGAGUUCGGUAUCGCAUGUCACAGCAGACGGGGACGAUGGCGACGACAAUCGCGGUAUGUCACAACGACCUUCAGGGAUCCGCGAGAGCCGUAGCCGAAGUAGACUGCGAGGACUUCGCUUCUGGAGAAAGAGGUGGAAGAGCCCCGGCCCUGGCGCCGAGAUUGACACAGAGCCGUGA